AGGGACGGAGCUGCAUUCGAAUCGUCCCCGCAAGCGGAAAUGACACUAGCAGGAGUCAGGGAACCUUCAGCCUCCCUCCUUCAGUUCCCAGCUGCAUUAGAGCGGUGGCUUCAAAUGACGCCUGAGAGCGAGGAACCACACGCCCAUCAUCUCGAGUUAGAAGGCCAAGCGGUCGCCAUGGGGCAGUUUCUGAGGUGGACCGUGGAACAGAUGAAACAGGAACUGACCAAAGGGGUGUUGUCUCGGCACUCGGAAGCCCAGUGGCAGGUGUUCCUGUGAAGGCCUCGCAGUUCCCCAGGUCGGACCGGGGCGACCCACAGGCUCUGCUGUGGGGUGACGGCAAAAUCUUCCUUCCCCAUCGUUCCAUCGGCUGGCGGAUUAUGGCAGAGCAGGGAGCAGCCUGGCCGGCCUGGGCAGAGACUGGCAACCGGGGAGCCUGCAAGCAACUGAAGGAAGAGGGUGCCCUCGGUGCAGAGGCCCAGCGCCAGAGCUUCCGCCGGUUCCGCUACCAGGAGGCCAAGGGCCCCCACGAGGUCUGCAGCCGCCUCUGGUACCUGUGCCACCGGUGGCUGAAGCCGGAGAGGCACACCAAGGAGCAGAUCCUGGAGCUGCUGGUCCUGGAGCAGUUCAUGGCUGUCCUGCCACCGGAGAUGCAGAGCUGGGUUAAGGACAGAGGCCCGGAGACCUGUUCCCAGGCGGUGGCCCUGGCUGAGGAGCUCCUUCUGGGGCAAAGAGAGGCGGAGGAAGAACAGGUGUCGGGCCUGUCCCAAGUCCUGAAAUUUCCUGAUGAUGAAGAGGAACAGCCGUCAUCUGAGUCUGGACAGGGGCUCCUCCGUGGGGAGAUCAUUCAGGAGAGCGGAGAUUAUGCCAUUUCUCUGGAUGACGCUUGGGGGACUGAGAAGGAUUGGGAAUCGCAUGAGGUGUGGUCGGAAGGGAUUAAGAGCGGAGAGGAGGAAGCUGACGCUGAGAAUCGAGACGACCUCGAGGGGGUGAAUCGAACGGAGGUGUGGAACCAGAGACCCAUCGCCGGCCGGCUAAGCCAGUUUGGAGCGUUCUAUGAGCUCUCGGCCCGUCAGAAACCGCGGCUGGAGAAGAGCCAGAGUACCUGCGGUGUUUGCGGGAAAGGCUUCAGCCGCAAAUCAAACCUUCUCCGACAUCAGAGAAUCCACACGGGAGAGGAGCCCUACAAGUGCCCAGAUUGCGGGAAGAGGUUCCGCUGGAGCACGAGCCUCGUUGCGCACCAGAGGAUCCACACGGGGGGAAAGCCCCACAUGUGCCUCAAGUGUGGGAAGAGCUUCGACCACAGCCAAAACUUUGCACGGCACCAGAGGCUCCACCACGGGAAGAAGCCGUACAAGCGUGUUGAUUGCGGGGAAAGUUUCAGGUAG